GGGGGCGGGCAGGCACCACGCAGCGCCUCGGUAGCUAAGGUGGGAACUGCUGUAGGAGAGACUCGCGACUGAGCUCGAGAGAUGGGCUUCAGGCUCUGAAUUCUUCCACAUAACAGUGCAGCGCGCGUUUGGUGAGAUUCGUUACGGCUUUUCUCGCAGUGGCUGUUCAGAUAACCGAGCGGAGACCGAGGCUCAUAUUCCGAGAUCCACCACUUUUUUUCGUCUCACCUGCACGAGCGGUGAACAGGAGAGGAGACCUGAAAUGGAUCAAGACAAAUACUUGCCGGAGCUGAUGGCCGAGAAAGAUAGCCUGGACCCUUCGUUUGUUCAUGCAAUGCGCCUUUUGGCUGAAGAGAUCGAGAAGUACGAGGGGGAGGACCUGAGGAAGGACGGGGACGUGCAGAAGUACCUGGACGUCAUCAGCAACAAGAACAUCAAGCUGUCGGAGAGGGUCCUCAUCCCCGUGCAGCAGUACCCCAAGUUUAAUUUUGUGGGGAAGCUCCUGGGGCCGAGGGGAAACUCCAUGAAGAGGCUACAGGAGGAGACGGGCGCCAAGAUGUCCAUCCUGGGCAAGGGUUCGAUGCGGGACAAAGGAAAGGAGGAGGAGCUGAGGAAAAGCGGAGAGGCGAAGUACGCCCACUUGAGCAACGAUCUCCACGUCUUAAUUGAAGUCUUCGCUCCGCCCGGAGAAGCCUACUCCCGCAUGAGCCAUGCCCUGGAGGAGAUUAAAAAAUUCCUAGUCCCGGACUACAACGACGAGAUUCGGCAGGAGCAGCUGAGGGAGCUGUCCUACUUGAACGGGUCGGACGACAGCAGCCGGGGGAGGACCGCCCGCGGUCGGGGGCUGCGGCUGGCUACCACGGCAACCACCAGGGGACGAGGGGGAGCCGUCCCGCCCCCGCCCCCAGGCAGGGGUGCGGCCGCGCCCCGGGGGACGAUGGGAGCCCGCGGGUCGCUGCCCACCGCCCCGUCUGCGAGAGGUGUCCCCACCCCGAGGACCAGGGGGACCCCGGGGGCCCCAGGAUACAGACCCCCCCUGCUGUCAGCCACGCACGAGUCCUACGACGACUACGGGUACGACGACGGUUACGACGGAGAGUACGACGACCAGAGCUACGACGCGUACGACGACAACUACAGCAGCCAGUCGAAGAGCACCUCGGAGUAUUACGAAUAUGGCCACGGCACCAUCGAGGAGGCCUACGACAACUACGCAGAAGAGGAGUGGACCGCGGCUCGCCCCAGCCUCAAAGCCCCGCCCGCCCGGCUCGCGCGAGGGGGCUACAGAGAACACCCCUAUGGUAGAUAUUGAAGGUGCUCCACAUCUGUCACCUCCAACUACAGACAACUUUAGAACUGUGUGACCCCCCCCACUCCCCACCCCCCUCAAAAGCAAGAAACUGAUUGGCCCUUCCUUUAUUUUUCAACACCCCUGAUGCCGUCCCACUCCUACCCCCCCAACUUGGGAGAUCUCCUCAAGGCUUUCACACACCUUAAUGUUAAAGCUACGACACGAUGUCAGCUUAACUGUUUUUUGUAACAUGGACUUCUUUUUAGAGUUUAAGUACAAGCAAAACAAGAAAAAAUGAGAAAAAAAAAAACAACAGACAAACACGCUGAGAUCUGGCAAGCUUUGUCGAUAAACUCUGCACUGGAAUGCUGUUUUACUGGUUGUCCCUUAUUGUCUGUCCUUCAAAAGUAAAAGCAUGAAGUUUCCACAGAACUUGGUGCUUCUCGGUGCCCUUUAGUGAACCCCGGUCUCCUCUCUGAAGGCAAGAAUGAAUUGAAACUUUUCAAGUGAUGCUAACCCAGCUGUAGAUAACUUCUUUCCUUUUAAUAUCUGUUAGGUUCAUGAUGUUAAAUAUUGAGUUUGUAAAUUUAAUUUUAAUUUUGUUAUUGGGAUUGAAAGCAACCAGCUAUGUAUGCAGCUAAAUUUAAGUGCUCUGUUCAGUGUUUAACUUGUAUUUGUAUAUAAAACAUAAUAAAAAGAACAUAACGCAACAUGUGUAAGCUUCUCUAAAUAGGUGACCAUAAAUUGUCAAAUUUGUUUUGCCAUAAUUUGUCAAUAAAGCUGCAAUCUUUUUUGUAAAAAAUAUAAACAUUUGAAUUACUUGUUUCUAGCACUAAAUGCCUGCUUUAUUUCUCCUUCAGGAAAUGGCUAAAAUGUUUUGAUACGUUAAAAAGAAAUCAACAAAAAAUGAAUUUUAGAAAUUUUUGUCUUAAGUCAUUUUUUGUGUAACAAUAGAUAAGCUGUAUUAAUACACUAAGAAGUAUUGUUAAAUAAUUUUAAAGCGCUAAAUUGUUCCUUGAAUCUUGGUUAGUCAUAUAAAUGUAUAACAUGUUAAUGAUAAGCAACUGUUUAGAACAAUAAAUGGAUUUUUUAAACUAUCCUCUUAAGUUUGAUCUUACUAAACACAAAUUCUGAUGGACUUCAUUGCAUUAUCGUUGAUCUGAGAAUGUUUAUGGAGAUUACAGAGGUAAGAAAUGCCCCCACACCACAGUAAGACUGUCGAGAUGCUUCCAAGCCUUUGAGCUGGCCAGCAUACGCAGUCUCUCAUCCAACAUUUGAACACUGCAUUACACUCACGAUCUUUGUCUGCGGGCGGACGUACCGUAGGAGUGAGUGGGAUGCAUAUUCUCUAGAGUUUACUGUCUUAUCAUCAACAGCCCGACGGAUUCACAGCUGUGUUUCUUCUCCUGUUCCUCUCUGUUAUCUAACCUCAGAAAUCUGUACCUGAUAUUUUCCACUGCCUUAACUACCACUGCCGAUGACGGCCAGUUAGAUCUGAACUCUCUCUUGUGACAAGUAGGCUCGAAGGCUGACGCCUAUAAAGAAACUAGAUCGCGGGACUCAAAGGAUGACUAAACAUUAAGCAGGUAACCCCAAUAAUAACUAAUUUUGCGUAUGCCAGUCGUAAAUGAUAAAGUUACUAAUUCUAAAAAAAGUAAACCUUCCCAAUCUAACCACAAAUAGAUGCCUAGGCCUUUUUUAAAAAAACCGCUAAUUAAUGUUAACUAGCGACAUCAAAACAUCAUCUAUCACAAAAGAAACAUAACUCUGCAAUCCAUAAAAGAAACUAAAACUAAUAUUAAUGCCUGUCCAGCUAAACUUUAGCUAUAUAUAACCGGAAACAAAACGAUUGCAAGAAUGUUGCAGGGCAAUCAAAAUAGUACCACUAAAACAUAAUAAUCACAUUGGUUUGAUGGAUUUUGUACACCCUGACUGGUUUACUUUUUUGGUAGUAACGCAGGCUUUGAUCAUUGUGUGAAGGCUACUUUGCAUGCAUGCUGAAUGUAGACUAGAUUUCUUUUUUCUCUGCAAUAAUUUGCCACUGAGACGUUUUCACAAAAAAUGACGCCUUCUC